AUGGCGAUGAACCCCACCGAGGUGGGGGACACGAGCUGGGUCGCAGCGCUCGCGCGCUAUCAUGCGCCGGGCGCAGCGCCCACACAUACGAUUGAAACAGAAUGGGACGAGAGCAUGUUUGCCAUGGCGCGCCCCAAGCUCGUUCCGACGCACGAAAUGCGCGAAGAUACCGACCUCGCUGCCCCGCACCAACACAACGCGCAGGCGCACAGUGCUCACGACGCAGGCGCCGUGGACACGCGCAAGUCGCGCGCACGGCGCAGCUGGAUUGCUGACCUGUUCCGCCGUGACAGCAGUGAGCCGCCCCGGAUGCUCCGGAACCGGCGCUCGGCGCGCUUCUCGAUGCCGCCGGUCGUUCCCAGCGAUGCAAGCGAGCGCAAAGGUGCGCCGCAGUACAUCCAGCAGCACGUUGUGUUGGGCGAGCGGAGCGCACCAAAUCCGAGCCAAGCGGUCGACUAUAGCGCAGCAAACGUACGCGACUUUGCGCGUUCUACCGCGUCAGGCAGUGCUGGACACACCCAAGGCACGGAGAAGCGCUGGAACGCGGCGCCUGCUCCGUCGUGGGUGCAGCCUGCAUAUGGUGAGCAACUCGCGUACAGAGCGGAGCCUGCGAACGGAGUGCAGUCCACGUAUGGUUCACAGCCCGCGUACGAGCAGCCCGCGUACGAGCAGCCUACGUACGAGCAGCCUACGUACGAGCAGCCUACGUACGAGCAGCCUACAUACGAGCAGCCUACGUAUGAUGCACAGGUACCUGACGUGAACAGUAUACCGAAUGGAACGACUGCGUACGAUUCAUUCGCAUAUGGCUCGGAAGGAGCAUCCGAGGCGGAUACGUCGGCCAAAGACCCAUGCGAUGCAGUCGCGCAAGGACAGCAUCCGUCUGUGCCUUGGGUCGGCUCCAGUGCCGGGAUGUGGCAUACGUACGACACGCUGGCACCUGCGGAUGUGUUCUCCUCGGCGAACGGCGCCGAGCAGCAAGACACGGCGCAGUACGAUGUGCAGCAAUACAGUUGGCAGCAGCAGGAUGCGUCGCAGCAGGACAUGUCGAAGCAGUAUAUUCCUGAGCACGACGCGUCGCAGCAGCACAUGCCCCAAAACGAUGCGCCGCAGCCGGCCGUGUCACAGGAUGACAUGCCGCAGCAAUCCUUGUCGCACCCUACCGCGCAAGUGUACUUGCCUUGGUACGCCAAUGAGGCUGCCGAGGCUCCCACUGAGGCUCCCACGACGCAUUCGCUACCGACCUCAUAUUCGCUCCCUGCGUUCCAAGUGCCGCACGACACGUCGGCCUCGUCGCUGUAUGCCAAAUUGUACGAUACCUCGGCGUCCGACAUGCGCCCCGCACCGGCCAUUGCCCUGGCAAAGCCGCUCCACAAUGAGCCCUCGAUCCCUGGCGCCGACGAUGCGAGUGCUUAUGGCGCGGCCAUGGCGUCGCCGGCCGCCGAUGGUGUGGCGUGGCCGCAGCACAAUGUGCGUCCUGCCGACGUCGACGUCGAGCCGUCGGUCCCAGUGGCACCUGCGCCUCUCCCUCCUACGCCACGCUUCCCUUCCGUGUCGCCACACAUUGCGACGCGGCACUGGAGCAUGCCCCCUGCGCCGCCGCCGAUCGGCGCCCAACGUGGCAUUGCGCCGCCGUUCCUUCCUGCACACAUUCUCACCCUGUCUGAAGAAGCGGGCGACCGCACGAGCGCGUCUGCGCCCCUGCCUGUACCACGCUCUACGUCGAUGCAUGGUGCAUACCGCUGGCGUGCGCGUGGCUCGAUUAGCAUGCGGCGCACCUCUGCGCCCUUGCCACCGAUCCAGCCGCCUCCGCAGACGGAGCUUCCCCCCCUCCCCGAUGCGAGCGUCGUGGAGAGCGUCCCGCCAAGUGUGAUGUCGCACGGCACGCCACGCGAUGCGUACGCCACGCCGAUGAUGGCGGGCUCGGUGCUUAGUACGCCUGACGCACAAGACACGUUGCUGGAAACACCCGUAACCCGCACGCCGUCGCUGAGCCAGUCGUGGGGCAUGGUGCAGAUGCCUGGCGCGUUUGAAUUCUCCCCCGAGUCCAAGCUCCGCCAUUGGGAUAGCCGUCGGAGCAUUGUGCGCUAUGGAUCCCCCCGUCUCGAGCGCUCCGGCAGUGCUGUGCGGCACGCCUCCCCCCGUGCCGAGAAAAGUACUUGGCCGCGCGAGCAGGAGCCUGGCCAGGGCGGGCGCCCCACGUCGCUGCUUGUGUCUGCACGCGACAAGGUCGCAUACGGCUUUGCUGUCUAG